CGUGUUGUCACAGAGGUCGAGUGCUCAGCUUGCUUUGCCUCUUACCUGUCCCAUCCGCCGGUCCUCGCUGCGUCGUGUCCAGCCAGCAGCGUCCCCAGUUUGAUCCAGUUCCAAUCCAGCUGUGAGCGACCUCUGUCCCAGAUCAGUAUCAUCAGGAUGAAGAUGAGACAUCUCAGCGCACUGUGUGGGUUCGUCCUGCUGACCUUGGCUGCCCUCGCCACCGCCAGGCCAAAAGCAGGUGCUGAACAGAAAUGCAAGUCUGGUCCAGUGGAUCUGAUCUUCAUCAUUGACAGCUCUCGCAGUGUUCGGCCUCAUGAGUUUGAGACCAUGAGGAAGUUCAUGAUUGACAUCCUCAACACCCUGGACAUCGGACCCGACGCCACCAGGGUGGGAGUGGUUCAGUACUCCAGCCAGGUCCACAGUGAGUUCUCUUUGAAGACCCACAGCAAGCUGGAGGCCAUGGUGAAAGGCAUCAAUCAGAUCAUUCCCCUGGCUCAGGGCACCAUGACUGGGCUGGCCAUCAAAUAUGCCAUGAAUGUAGCCUUCAGCGCCGAGGAGGGAGACCGGCCAAAGGUCCCCAACGUGGCUGUGAUUGUGACAGACGGGCGUCCUCAGGACCGCGUGGCGGAGGUGGCAGCCGAGGCCAGGGAGAAAGGCAUUGAGAUCUACGCCGUAGGUGUGGCCAGAGCUGAUAUGACAUCACUGAGGGCCAUGGCCUCCCCGCCCUUCGAGGACCACGUCUUCCUGGUCGAGUCUUUCGAUCUGAUUCACCAGUUUGGACUGCAGUUCCAGGAUAAGCUCUGUGCCAUAGAUCUGUGUGCUGAGGGAAAACAUGACUGUGAGCAAAUCUGCGUCAGCUCUCCUGGCUCCUUCACCUGUGACUGCAACAAAGGAUACAAACUCAACGACGACAAGAAGACUUGCACAAUGAUCGACUACUGUUCGUUUGGGAACCACAGUUGUGAUCAUGAGUGUGUGAGCGUGCUCAAUGGCUAUCACUGCCGCUGUAACGAGGGAUACAGGCUGCUGGAGGACGGCAAGACCUGCCAGCACAUGGACCUGUGUAACACAGUGGAGCAUGGCUGUGAGCACCAGUGUGUAAGCACACCAGGAUCUUACUACUGUAUCUGCCCAGAGGGACAGCUGCUGCAGGAGGACGGCAAGAGCUGUGGCACCUGCAAAUCUGCCAACAUUGACCUGGUCCUCUUGAUUGACGGCUCGAAGAGUGUCCGCCCUCAAAACUUUGAGCUGGUCAAAAAGUUUGUCAACCAGGUUGUGGACUCUCUGGAUGUGUCUGCUCAUGGCACCAGGGUUGGUCUUGUCCAGUACUCCAGCCGGGUCCGGACAGAGUUCCCUCUUAAUAUGUACCAUACUGCCGAUGAGAUCAAAGCUGCCGUCAUGAAGGUGGAAUACAUGGAAAAGGGCACUAUGACAGGCCUGGCCCUAAAGCACAUGCUGGAGAACAGCUUCUCAGAGGCCGAGGGCGCUCGCCCCCUUGGCCGCAACAUCCCCCGUAUUGGACUGGUCUUCACAGACGGACGUUCCCAAGAUGACAUCACAGAGUGGGCCAAGAAGGCCAAAGAAGCUGGUAUCACCAUGUAUGCAGUGGGUGUUGGUAAAGCUGUGGAGGACGAGCUUCGUGAGAUCGCCUCCGAGCCCGUGGAGAAACACUUCUACUACACCACCGACUUCACUGCCAUCAGCACCAUCGCUGAGAACCUCAAACUCAAUGUCUGCCCAGAGGAGAGUCAGGGGGAGAUUGAGGUGAAGGACCCAUGUGCCUGUGAGAGCCUGGUAGAGUUCCAGCAGGCCACCAUGAGCACCCUGGAGCAGUUCACACAGAAACUGGCUGCGAUGACAGCUCGUCUGGAGGACCUGGAGAACCAGCUGCUCUCUAGGAAGUGAUGUGGUAACCAGGGGGCCCAAACAGGAAGUCACAGAAGGAGAAGUCGUAGUGGAUGAGGAGGAGGAGGGCAGAGCC